GGUUACUGUACGAUUUAAUGUUGAACUUGUUGGUUUAAUUUUGCCUCUUUUAUAGCUAAUAUCAUCAAAAAAGCUAUGUUCUAGUCCACGUCUCGUACUACAUCUGUGUAGUGAAGAUGCAUCCUGAUUAAACAUAGAAGUACAAAGAUGAAGUGUUGAUAGAGACAUAUCUAACAAUGUCAGUCAAUGGUGAUGACAAAGGUCUGAAAUUCGAAUUCUGCUUUAAAUAUUUCACAUGCAAGUCCAAUCUAAAAGCACAUACGCGUGUGCAUACUGGUGAGAAACCAUUCAAAUGUGAAGUGUGCAAAACGUGUUUUGCAUGGAGUGCCAACUUUAAAAAGCAUAUGUUUGGUCAUGCCAGUGGUCAUGCCAGUGUUCAUGCUAGGAAAAAAUUUGAAAAACGCUUCAAAUGUGAAGUGUGCACAAAACGUUUUGUAUACAAAUCCAUAUUAAUAGAGCAUAUUUUGAUUCAUACUGGUGAAAAACCCUUUGAAUGUAAAGUGUGCACAAGACGUUUUUCAAGGGGUUCCUACCUAAAACAACAUAGUUUAAUUCAUACCGGUGAAUCAUCUUUCAAAUGUGAAGUGUGCGCACACGUUUGUACAAGCAGUUCCAUCCUAAGACAGCAUAUAUUGAUUCAUAAUAAUGAAAAAGGUUUCAAAUGUGAAGUGUGCACAAAAUGCUUUACACGCAGUAACGACUUGAAACGACACAUGGCCAUGCAUACUGGUGAAAAACGUGUCCAGUGUGAACAGUGCUCAAAACGUUUUACAGAUGUUGGACAUUUAAAAAGACAUAUUGUGAUCCAUUCACAUGAAAAACCUUUUAAAUGUGAUGUUUGCUCAAACUGUUUUCGACACAGAUGCAACUUAAAACGUCAUAUGUUCAUUCAUACUGGGCAGAUGCCUUUUAAAUGUGAAAUAUGCACAACAGCAUUUACAAACGGUUCACUUUUAAAAUAGCAUAUGUUUAUUCAUGCUGGUGAAAAAAACUUUAUAUGUGAUGUAUGCACGACAUCAUUUAGUCAGCAUAGCAGUUUGAAACGACAUUUCUCGAUUCAUACUGGUGAGAAAACGUUCCAAUGUGAAGUAUGCAAAAAACGUUUUACAAAUAGAGAUGGUUUAAAACAGCAUUUACUGAUUCAUACUGGUGAAAAACCUUUCAACUGUGAAGUGUGCACAAAAUGUUUUUCAGUCAGGGCUGUCUUGAAACAGCAUAUGUUUAUUCAUACUGGGGAAAAAACACUUUAGAUGUGAAGUAUGCACAACAUCAUUUAGGCACCAUAGCACUUUGAAACGGCAUAUGUUGGUUCAUACUGGUGAAAAACCGUUCGAAUGUGAAGUGUGUAAAAAACAUUUUACAUCCAGCUCUGUCUUAAAACAACACAUGUUGAUUCAUACUGGUGAAAAACCUUUCGAAUGUAAAGGAUGCACAUAACAUUUUGCAUGCAGUUCUGUCUUAAAGCAGCAUACGUUGAUUCAUACUGGUGAAAAACACUUAAUAUGUGAAGUGUGCAGGACAACCUUUAGACAACUUACUACUCUAAAACGGCAUAUGUCAAUUCAUACUGGUGAAAAACCUUUCAAAUGUGAAGUUUGCUCAAAAUGUUUUGCACAAAGUGAACACUUAAAGCAGCAUACAUUGAUUCAUACUGGUGAAAAACCUUUCAAAUGCGAAUUGUGCACCAAACGUUUUACAAAGAGUGGUAAUUUAAAGAAGCAUGGGUUUGUCCAUACUGGUGAAAAACCUUUCAAAUGUGAAGUGUGCACAAAAUGUUUUGCACUGAGUGAAGUCUUAAAGCAGCAUAUGUUGAUUCAUAAUGGUGAAAAACCUUUCAAAUGUGGAGUAUGCAGCAAACAGUUUACAUGCAGUGCCAGUUUAAAGCGGCAUAUGUUGAUUCAUACUGGUGAAAAACCUUUCAAAUGUGGAGUAUGCAGCAAACAGUUUACAUGCAGUGCCAGUUUAAAGCGGCAUAUGUUGAUUCAUACUGGUGAAAAACCUUUCAAAUGUGGAGUAUGCAGCAAACGGUUUACAUGCAGUGCCAGGUUAAAGCAGCAUAUGUUGAUUCAUACUGGUGAAAAACCUUUCAAAUGUGAAGUAUGCAGCAAACGGUUUACAUGCAGUGCCAGUUUAAAGCAGCAUACGUUGAUUCAUACUGGUGAAAAACCUUUCAAAUGCGGAAUAUGCAGCAAACGGUUUACAUGCAGUGCCAGUUUAAAGCGGCAUAUGUUUAUUCAUACUGGUGAAAAACCUUUCAAAUGUGGAGUAUGCAACAGACGGUUUACAUGCAGUGCCAGUUUAAAGCGGCAUAUGUUUAUCCAUACCAGUGACAAAUGUUGAAACACCACGUGUGUGUCAUUCUGAUCUUAAGUGUUUCAAAUGUUAGGUGGCGGGGUGUAGCUUAGUGGUAUGAUGCACACUUGUGGUGUGACGAUCAUAUAGUCGAUCGUACCCGAAAACACUCGUUGUUUUCUCCUACCAACAAGUGCCUCACAAACAAUGCAUUAAAGUGUACAUUAUUAUCCUACACACACACACACACACAUACCCAUCUCCCCUCUCUCUCCCCUCUCUCUCUCUCUCUCUCUCUCUCUCUCUCUCUCUCUCUCUCUCUCUCUCUCUCUCUCUCUCUCUCUCUCUCUCUCAAAUGUGCUGAUGUGUUGUCAAACGAAUAUUCCUUUCCUUUUAAACACUAGGUUCGAAUCACGACCACUUUCCCACUUUUGUAGUAUCAAAGAUCGUAUCGUGUGCUGUUAUGUCUGUAGGAAGCUGCUAAUAAAAAAAAAAAAACUGAUCAUUUGUAAGCAAGCUUAGGCGUACGGGCUCCCAUUUGUGUAGGAUGGUGUCCCACAUGUUCUCAAUGGGUGAAAGGUCUGGGCUUAGGGCUGGUCUUGGAAGUGUGGUGAUGUUCGGUUGCUGCAGGUAUGCAGUGCCAGUAGAAUCCGGUGAGCCUGGGCGUUGUCUUAAAAAACAAAACAAAAAUGGCGUCCAGCCUGACGUCCGAAGGGCACAACAGUCGGUGCAAGCAUGUUUUCUCGGUAGUAUUGCCAAGUGACCCUCCCAUGAACAAUAUGCAGCUUGGUUCUGGCAGUUAUGGUGAUGCCACCCCACAACAUAAUAGACCUUCUUCCAAAUCGGACAUGAGGAGAAACGUUCGCAUCACGUGCUUCGCGAUCAAAACAAUGGGUGCGUUGUUUUCAUGCUCGUGCACUUAUUUUGAGUUUUACAUCUCAUUUCAUUAUUUAAUUAUUGAUAUUUGAAAUGGAAUACCCCCUACUUAUUUGAACACUAUACAUUAUAUGGUUUAAGCUGGAUUCCAAAGUACAUUGUAGUUUGGCGAAUUUUAUCAUAAAAUAUGUAGCCAGAUUCAAGUAACAUUUAGCUAAACAGAUUUUUUUUUGGAUAAUAGUAAUAGAUUUGUGUCGUAUGAUGGCAAGUUGGCGAAUGACAGGUUACUUUUUAUGAUAAUUGUUAGUAAUAGUAGAAUUAAUAGUGGCGAUGGUGGUGAUAUUUGUUUAUUUUAUUAUUAUUGUUAUGUUUGUUUAUUAUCUAUCCAAUUAGAUGUUUAACCUGAUACCUAUACACAAUAAAAAUAUAUUUAGAAAAGUCUCUAUGGCGCCAAAUACAUUAUUAAUUAAAAAUGAAAACUGUGUUAUCGGUCAUGGCUACCGGAAGUAAAUGCUCAACAGAAGCGUAAUCGACCACCUGAAACCGUGUAAUUCCAUAGGAAACCAUAGUAUCUUGCAUACAGUGUUAUAUAGCGUGGGACAAAGAACGAAUAUCUGUUGGUCAAAUCCCAUGGUAUGCGCGUUCCUGUCUGUGGGAAAGUGCAUAUAGAAGAGUCCUUGCUGCGUUAGGAAAGUAUCCAGCAGGAAAAACUCUGCAUAAUUGACUCAAGAAUAGAAAAAUGGCAAAAAGUAAUUUUAGUCGGCAAUCAUUGAUAGAAAAACAAAGUUUAUAGAUAAUAUUCAUUGUACAUCCACUUAAUUAAUGUAUGUAAAAGUUUAUGUGCAAAAAUAGACAUGUAAUUCAAAUUCAAACUUUGAAGUCAACUGGUGUUAAUAUGUUGUUCAGCCCAUUUUGGAUUUAGUAAUACGAUAUAUUCAUAAAAUAGUAGUAAAUUAAUUAUUUGGAUAUAUAUAUAUAUUGCAUUAAAGCAAAAUACCACUG